CGAAGACUGUGGUCAGUGGAAACCGCAUCUUGCUCUCCCAAGAGAGAAAUAAAUCACAUUGGAGUCAAACGGCAGAUGCGCUGAAACGGUUUCCCACUCUAAUGUUAUUUUUAUUGUCCUGCGCUUUUUAUCUCGGUCCGAAGUCCAUUUCCAACCGGUGAACGUGCAUCCAGCCGUUGAUUCAUUCGUUUAUGGGUUUCAAAUAACAAGUGUUCGAUCCAAUGCAUUGCCGUCUGCAUCUGCUUUCGAUUUCGGAGACCACUCGCUACUGAAGAAAGAGAUGCUUCUGGAGCGACGAUGACGAUUCUGCUUCUCCUGCUCAACUUGCAGCUGGUCUUGGGAGGAGCGAAAGAGUUCCCCAACCCGCAAACUGAAUGGCGCAUGUGCGGAAUGCCCAGGCCAGCCUUCGUCUGCGACCCGCACUUCAUCCUGUCCAGAGGGGAUGUCGAGAAACUGGACCAAAUAGCCUCGGAAUUUCGCAAGUCCACCUCCUGCUUGUGCUCCAGGUGCGAGAUAGGUGUAACCCUCGGAAUAUUCCUCAGCCACAACAUCUCCAAAGAAGCAGCGACCCGGCACCCGACUGGCAAGGCGCUGGCUGAAAUGCUGCGGAGGCAGUGGGCCCUCUCCCCAUGCGGCAGUGACAUCGUCGUCGUGCUCCUCACGCACCAAAACAUGUCCGAUUUCAGCUUAGGUCCCGCCGUCGCCAAAAUCUUUUCCGAAUCGACGGCCACACGGAUCGUGUCCGAGUGCCGCGCCCAUUUUGAGUCCGGGUGGUACUACCAAGGUCUCGAGUCCAUCGCCAACUCCUUUAAUGACGUCCUGGUGCAGCUACAACGGCAAGCGAAGCCGGUCUUUAAGAACCUAGUGCUGGGUAUUGGACUGGGAUUCGGGGUGCUUCUUGUCCUGGCUCUGACCGCACUUCUGUUCGUUUACCGUCAGAACAAAAGGCGCAGAAAGAGUUACUGCUCGGAUAUUUAUGAAGGAAUGUCCAAUAGGAAUAACCGGAGGAAAUCAUCCUUUAAUCAGGCAGAACAUCUGGAAAAACUGACCAUUAGUGAAGAAGAUGAACCCCAAUUUAUAUACAAACCACGAAGCUCAUCUGUGCAUUUUGCACGGAUGAACCGACAACUGAGCGACGUCCCGGAGGAGAUCUCAGAGGAUAUCGAGGUCCUCAAAUACAGCAAAGCCUCAUACAAAGAAAACAUCCCUGUCACAGAACUUUAAAAUGCAACGGAUUUCCACUCAAUCUACAAACAUUUUUCAUGAUUCAGUGUAAGUCAUAAUCUUAAAAGAAAUUGAUAAAACAUUAAGCUAACAUUAAAAAUUUUGCAAAAUCUAUAUUUUUGUAAAAAUGCAAAAUGUUUUGAAACUAAGGUGACUCAAUAUUUAAAUAUCAUAGAAACUGAUGUAACCAAUUUUGUCUCCAACAGUGCAGUUUGAGAACAUGUUUUGAGAAGUGAUCAUGUCUAAUAAUCUUUAGAAUCUUAAAUGUCACAAAUGCCCAUUUCUAUUACAUCUGGAAACAGAUAUUUUACUAAUCUAGUUGGAUACAACAUUACGUUUCUGAAAAAUAAAUUAAUGUGAUUCCUAACGCAGAAAUUUGAAAUAACACCCAAAAUAAAGUCGAUUCCAGUUGCAUCAAAUUUAGGAAGAAAUUAAGCUUAGAAAACUACAAAUCAUAAUAUUAAUCAUAAAUGGGAAGGAGGAAGUACCUUACUUAAAUACAAACAGAUGUAAACCAAGUUAAAUAAAAUAACAUACUUCUGGAUUCAGAGCUGGAUUUUACAAAGGAAGUUUGUGAUAAAACAAUGAAAUUUUCAGUUUUAGCAUCAAACUUGAUUUUUAAACUCUAAUUGAGGUGAGGAAGACAUGUAUUGAAAUAUGAGAAAGCAGGAUAAAAUACUCUAUAGCAAAAAUGAAUUCACUGUUAUAGAUUCAAUGAUUGCUAUUUUAUGGUGCUAUUUUUAAUCAGCCAUAUUUAAUGUAUAUUUGAGAAUCCAACCCAUUUAUUUGCAUUUUUAGAUGUUCUAUAAAUGAAUGCCAUCACAAGACUAUAGAUAAAUAUUUGAAUGUGCAUUUCAAUACUAUAUAUUGUGCAGUUGGGCAAAGAUAUUAAAACAGCAAAUUUGUUUGCACCCAAAAUGUGUUCAUAUUCUUUUUCUUUAUAAUAAUGUAAACAUUUUUUUUUGUAAUAAAGUUAUCUUUUAU